UCAUGCGGACACGUGUGGAGUGCAGUAUGUGGUACAGCACAGUAUUCGCUGCACAAACACGUGGCCUUCACCGAGUAGCGUGUGUGGCCAGGACCUUGAUCAAGGACACUACAGCAGCAAGAAGGAUUUGAACCUGACUCCUUUGAGUUGAGGCAGAAACCUUUAACUGUGAUGUUACCUGCAGGCGGCGAUUGUUCUUUUUUGUAGUCAAACACCUUUCUCCAAGGCAAGAGAAAAAGAGAGCAGAACAUUCUUACUCUAUCCACACAAAGUAAGUGUCUUGACCUGUGGCACAACAGAAGGAAAGGGGAUUGGAACCCAGAACCUUCUGCAAAUGUGGAGACCCUUCUAACCACUACGCCACCUGCAGACCAAAAAACAUCUGAUCAUGCCUAGUAGAGGUAUUUCCACCACUAGAAGUGACCACAGAGUGACGAGACAUCUAGAUGCCUGUGGACGGAAUUAGGACGUUCAUUCCAACUGUAACUGAGGAGCAAAGAGACAAAAUGCAGUGAUUUCUUUUUACAGGGCGGAAUAAGUCAACAUAUGUUUGCUUUAUAUGUUAGUGGAGAUAUUUUCUCUUGCGCCUCUCCAAGCACUUUGCAGGGCAAACUUGAGCGCUGGUGAGUGUUCUGGGAAACCAUGGGGGACCUUAAGCUACUUAGCCGACGCCCUGAAGCGACCCCAGAUCUGCUAUGGAGAUCAUGCUUAUUAAGACAUAUUUGUACUAUAAAAACAUGCAGAUACAGCGAUAACUUACUGUGCGAUAUGUAGCGUAGAGGAAACAAUAGUGCAUAUUUCAUCGUUGACACUAACUUACCGCUGUCGUACCGCGUUCCUUCCUUUAAAAAAUAAUUACAUAGCUUAAUAAUGGAAACAUAACUGUUGAUUCAAAGGGCAGUUUCUGGAUGUAGUAAUAAAAAAUGAAAAAAAUACAUGAAAAUGCUGACUACACAGCUUGAGUUCCGGGUUUACCAGAGUACAUUUUGCUGAAGCGAAGGCCAAACGGCGGGUCAUUUUCACCCAAAUUUAAGAAAAUAGAGCAGAAAAAGAAAACAGAAGAAAAGUGAAUAAAUAAACUUUGAAAUGUUCAUAUCUUGAAAAAUUCACAGAGUACAAAGUAUAUAAAUAUCAUGUUGACCUCUAGUAAGUGUAAACUGUCACACUGAGCUGUGUGAAUAUUUCAAACUUUUUUCUGUAGUUUGUGUUCUUUUUCUGUUUGGUUCCACUUGUUCUUUUGUGUAAUAUUUUUCUUUGUUCAGUAUUUGCAUUACUAAGAGUUGCAGCUGGGAAAACAGACCACUUCCCGUAAAUGUAAGUGCGCGCGCACGCACACACAGACACACACACACACACACACACACAGAAUAUAAAUGCCUUGAAUGAGGGGCCCUACCGCUCAGACGCUGCAGACAGACUCUGAAACACACACACGCAGACAGACAAACUGUCCAAAUGGGGAUGUCCAUCUCAACAGAGGAAUUAGACAGAACCACCGUCUACAUUUACAACCAUCAACAGGAACAAGGUCACCUCCCCAACGUGGCCAUAGACCCAUCCCUGCUGAGCUACUCAGGCCUGGACUCCACGGCCGUGCUGCAGAGUUACUCCUCCAGCAUGAUGGAACACCUGGGAGACAACGGCAUGCGAUACGCCAAGGAGCUGGCGACCACGAUAGGGGGCUUCACCAGCGUGCCGAAUGCCGUGGGUCUGGGAGCCCUGGUGAUCUCCAUGCUCAUCGAGACGGUGGCGGCCUCCUAUCGAGCUCCAACAGGGAGCCACAAAGACCUCCUUCGGCGGGUGUUUGCGGAGCAGAAGGUGUCGGAGCUGCGGGACCUGAUGGACGAGUACCUGAAGCGCCACGAGAUGCACCUGCUUGACGACGAGAAGCUCCUCAAGGACACGCAGGUUCUGGAGCGCCAGCUGAGCGUCCAGCUGACCCGGGUGAGGAACGCCAUACUGAAGGACGGCCAGAUGAACGACAGGGCUUUCAAACAGUGGGUCAACGGAGCCGCCUUCCACAUCCAGAUGCUCAUCCAGUUGGCGCGCCUGGAGCGGAAGGGGAGCACUUCCGCCAGGAAAGCCGUCGGCGCCUAUGAGAGGGACCUGGAACAGCUGCUGGAUUCCUACAAGGCCUUAAAAGUGUCCAACAUCUUCUUCCAGAAAUUCUUAACACAGAGGUGCAAGCAAAACAGGAGGAGGAGAGACAGUCUAGCCACGUUGAUAGACUGUUACUUUUGUGACAGGGAGUUUGGCGGAGCCCUUGUUUCAAAACAAUUUUGUUCAUCUUGGUGGGACAAUACAGAAUUCAUAAGUAAUUACGUGAGCUACAUGAUGUCCAAUCAUAAGGAUUUCACAGAGAUGAAGAGGUACUUCUCUCAAACCAAAUAUGACCUGGAUUCUCUCAUAGAACAGCGCAAUAAUACUUUCACCCUCCCUCAUUAAGAUCUCCUCGACAUGUCGGCGUAUAUGUAUAUGUGGCGGCAUCGUUUACAAUGACACGUUUUCCUAUUGCGACAGACAGUGUGUAUUUAGCUCGUCUGCAGUGUACUGUCCACCGCAGUUAUACUUUUUGACAUUGAUUAUAUUCAUGUGUGAAGAACUUUUACACAAAGUGUUUGAAAUUUUUUCGAAUCACUUGUCAAAAAUAAAAGCUCC